AUGUCUUUCGGUGGCCAGACCCCGACUAUUAUUGUGCUGAAAGAAGGCACGGAUUCAUCGCAAGGGAAAGGGCAAAUCAUAACGAAUAUCAAUGCUUGUUUAGCUGUUCAAGCGACCAUAAGAAGUACCCUUGGCCCAUAUGGUGGUGAUCUGCUGUUGGUGGACGAAAAUGGCAGACAGACAAUCACGAAUGAUGGCGCGACUGUUAUGAAGCUUCUCGAUAUCGUACACCCCGCUGCCCGGAUCCUGACGGAUAUCGCGAGAUCACAAGAUGCGGAAGUCGGAGAUGGCACAACAUCGGUAGUUGUUCUUGCAGGCGAGAUCUUGAAGGAGGUCAAAGAGCAUGUAGAGCAAGGUGUCAGCUCGCAGACUAUCAUCAAGGGCUUGAGGAGAGCGUCGAAUAUGGCUGUUAAUAAGGUGAAGGAGAUUGCUGUUAAUACGAGCGAGGGCAAUAAGCGGGAGACUUUGGGCAAGUUGGCCGGAACGGCGAUGAGCAGCAAGUUGAUCAAGAGAAAUACCGGUUUCUUCACAAAGAUGGUUGUUGAUGCCGUUCUUUCUCUCGACCAGGAGGAUCUGAACGAAAAGCUUAUUGGCAUGAAGAAGAUCCCUGGUGGCUCCCUAACAGACUCCCUCUUCGUCAACGGCGUAGCUUUCAAGAAGACAUUCUCAUACGCCGGCUUUGAACAACAGCCCAAGUCCUUCAAGAACCCCAAGAUCGUCUGCCUCAAUGUCGAACUAGAGCUGAAAUCCGAGAAAGACAACGCCGAAGUACGAGUCGAGCAAGUUUCCGAAUACCAAGCUAUUGUUGAUGCAGAAUGGCAAAUUAUUUACGACAAGAUGGAAGCCCUCUACCAAACCGGGGCAAAGGUCGUCCUUUCCAAGCUCCCUAUCGGCGACUUGGCAACACAAUACUUCGCAGACCGAGAUAUCUUCUGCGCCGGGCGGGUGUCCUCAGACGACCUCGAACGUGUCAUUCAAGCCACAGGAGGCUCGAUACAAUCUACCUGCUCCGACAUUAGCCCAGAGCAUCUAGGAACUUGUGGUUCGUUUGACGAGCGCCAAAUCGGCGGCGAGCGCUUUAACUUCUUCGAAGACUGUCCGGCCGCCAAGACAUGCACGCUUGUCCUGCGUGGCGGUGCCGAGCAAUUCAUUGCUGAGGUAGAGCGCUCCCUUCACGACGCAAUUAUGAUCGUCAAGCGAUCUAUUAAAAAUAACACUAUUGUUGCCGGAGGCGGCGCAUGUGAGAUGGAAGUUUCGGCCUACCUCCACCGUUACGCCGAUAAGAAUGUCCCACACAAACAACAAGCAAUCAUCAAAUCAUUCGCCAAAGCCCUCGAAGUCAUCCCCCGCCAGCUCUGUGACAAUGCCGGCUUUGACGCUACCGACAUCCUGAAUAAACUGCGUGUGGAGCACCGCAAGGGCAAUACUUGGGCAGGCGUGGACUUUAUCAAUGAGGGCGUGAGAGAUAAUCUGGAGGCGUUCGUGUGGGAACCAGCAUUGGUUAAGAUCAAUGCAAUUCAGGCGGCGACGGAGGCGAGUUGCUUGAUCUUGAGUGUUGAUGAGACGAUUACGAAUGAGGAGAGUGCGCAGCCGCAGGCACCGCAAAGAGGCCUGCCCCCUGGAGCAGCACAGAGGGCGCUGAGGGGGAGGGGGAGGGGUAUGCCUAGACGGUAA